ACAAAGUAAAACUACAGAUACCAGCCCCUAUAUAAAACGCCGAAACGGCGGAAAAGUUUGGUAGUGACGUGAAUAAUUAAAAUGCGCUUGACGUUUAUAAGUGGCGUGAUUGUGAUUUCACUGGUAUUGGAAACAUGUUUGUGUGAGGACGACCCUGACCACGAUGCGAAGCUCCGGCUGUACCACGGGUCUAUGGAAGAGUUCUCCGAAAUACCGUUCGUUGAAGCAGAACUUCUCUUAGAAAGUUCUCGAUUCGACAGAAACCUGGAUACGGUUAUUUUUGCCCACGGAUUUACCGGGCACCCAGGCGGCCCCGCGAUCCGGGGGGUGAUCUCGGCGUACCUGUCCCGAGGCUCCUGCAACGUGGUGCUCCUGGACUGGCGGCACCAGGCGGCGCACACGCGGCCCUCCAUGGCCAACUCAUACCUCAACUGGGCCGCUCCUAAUGCGAGAAAGCUGGGGGCGAGGUUCGCGGAUGUAUUGAGAACUUUGCAGGCGGCCGGGCUGGACCUAGGCAGAACCCACUUAGUCGGACACUCUCUAGGGGCACAACUCUUUGGCAUCGCCGGGAACAACUUAAUAGCGAGAGGCGUGGAAGUUGGAUGGAUAACGGGCUUAGACCCGGCCAGCACUGACUUCGAAGGGAAGCACCUGGCAGGCAAGCUACACGCGGGAUCAGCCUCAUACGUGGACAUCAUCCACUCCGACCCCAGUAAAUACGGCUACAAGCGAUCCACCGGCACCGUGGACUUCUGGCCUAACUACAGGAACGGCCCCGUGUGGCAGCCGGGAUGCGACAACAAGCCACACCCGAUGUUCUCACCUGAAGACAUUUGCAACCACAACCGCAGCUGGCAGCUCCUGGCGGACGCCCUCCGGUACCCAGGGUCCAUCGUCGGCAGCCACGCCAAGAACUACCGGGUGUGGAAGAACUACUCCGAUAGCGAGAGAAAUGCUGUCACGCUGGUGUUGGGAGAAAGAAGACAUAAUGUGACAAAAGGAAAUUACUAUUUCACAACAAAUAGUGCUUCGCCUUAUGGAAUCGGCGUUAAGGGCCUGUGAUAAAUAGUACUAAGCAAUACAUCUCACUACACGACCAAUGUGAUGAUAGCUUUAUAAGUAAGUAUAAGUUUAUCGAUAAGUACGUAGGUAUUCUUUAUUUUAAAUAGAAAAAAACCAAUAGGUAAAGGCAAAUUAAGUAUAUUUUCAUACAUGCUGUGCAAGUAUUUUAUGAAAAACAUAUGGAAACAGUAAUAAACAUGACUUACCCAUAA